AUGGGUCAUGAGAGGCGUAAAAAGAGUCAAAGGUUACCUAUAGCUCAUUCAGAGGUAGAGGUCUGUGCAGAGGAGUUGUCCAGCCGGACCCGGCUGCGGGAGCUCCAGGGCCAGAUCGCUGCCAUCACGGGGAUCGCCCCCGACUGUCAGCGGAUCCUCGUGGGAUACCCGCCCGAGUGCCUGGACCUCAGCAAUGGGGAUACCAUGCUGGGGGAUUUGCCCAUCCAGUCAGGCGACAUGCUGAUCGUUGAAGAAGACCAAGCCAGGCCCCACGCCUCCCCUGCGUUUACCAGACAUGGUGCUCCUGGUUACGGCAGGGAAGCUGUGCCUGUGCUCACCAGGACUAUGGUCCCAGCAGACAACUCUUGCCUCUUUACCAGCGUGUACUAUGUGGUGGAAGGAGGGGUCUUGAAUCCAGCAUGCGCCCCUGAGAUGAGACGCCUCAUAGCACGAAUCGUAGCAAGUGAUCCAGAUUUCUACAGCGAAGCCAUCCUGGGCAAAACAAAUCAAGAGUACUGUGAAUGGAUCAAAAGGGAUGACACUUGGGGAGGAGCUAUUGAGAUAUCCAUUCUGUCUAAAUUUUACCAAUGCGAAAUAUGUGUGGUGGAUACCCAGACAGUGAGGAUUGACCGUUUUGGGGAAGACGCAGGAUACUCCAAAAGAGUCCUGCUUAUUUAUGACGGUGUCCACUAUGACCCGCUCCAACGUAACUUCCCUGACCCAGACACCCCUCCUCUGACUAUCUUCUCCUCGAAUGAUGAUAUUGUCCUGGUACAAGCACUGGAAUUAGCAGAUGAAGCUAAAAGAAAGAGACAGUUUACCGAUGUCAACCGCUUCACCCUGAGAUGCAUGAUAUGUCAAAAGGGGUUAACUGGACAAGCAGAAGCAAGAGAACAUGCCAAGGAGACAGGCCAUACCAACUUCGGAGAAGUGUGA